UCAAGAGCGGCGGUGAGCCUCCAGGGAAAACCCGAGAGCGCCCGUUCGAAUUGUGAAGCCGUGGAGAGUCGUGCCAUCCGCCACGGCUGUCAUCUCGGUGAAAGUCACCAGGUACAUGACCAGUCGCUGCAGACCUCUCAGCUGCUGCAGCAGUGACGAGAGGGUGUGACGCACGUACUCGUCCUUGUCCGCCCGGUCUUCACGAACUGAAAGGACACAGACAGAGGCGUUGGAUGUUUCAUGGCAUGUGGCGUCUUGUGUGCGCCUCUGACCCGUUAGAUUAAAGCACAGUGAGUGGAUGACGGGCAAGUCGGCCGCCGCCCCCACCAACUGAUCGAUGCUGCCCUCAUCCAUCACCGCAAAUCCGAACUCCAACCACUCCACCCUCCGGUCCCUCCCCAGCCCCCGCAUGGCGCCCACCGCGUCACUGACCGGCAUGCUUUUGAUAUCCAUCCUGUGCAACUGUGUGGGCAUUUUCGACGCCAGCAGCCGACUGCUUUCCUCAUCCACACGGCCGAGCAGGCGCAGCACUUCACAGUUGGAGAUGCGCUGCAUGUGUCCGAAGAUCGAGGGGCGGGGGACCGGGGAGUUGCGAUCGACAUGGGUGCUGUUGAACGUCACUGUCUUGGCGUUGGCGAAGGACAGCUGCCCGGCCAGGUCGAUCGCUGACUGCUUGGGGGCGGGCGUGAGGGAGGGGUUGGGGGUGAGGUCGAACCGCACAUCGUCUGUCUGCUCGGCGACCUGCUUCAUGACGGAGGUGAGGGCGGGAGACGGAUGGGCGGGGAAGUCGCUGUGGCAAAGGAUCAUGGGGUUGAAUGUGACGAGGGAGGCGGCGAACGUGACUGGGAUGUCGGGCGACGCACAGCAGGCAGCUACGAACCGAUCAAGGGCCGACAGCAAGGCUAUGUCGGAGCCCACCAGGCCAGACAUGCUGAGGUCAAGCUGCUUGAUGCUGUUCCGGCAGCCACGCGAUGUCAGCGUCGCCUGCAUGCAAGAACAGGACGACACGUGUGUGACACGGACCACUGUCGUGGGUGUUUUCCGAUGAUCCUACGUGGAGUUGGUCUAGCUCUUGCGCAGUGAUGUUGAUGGUGCCGAUGGCCUCCAGCUGGCUCAGCGGGCCUGCCUCGCCAGGCCCUGCCACCGGCAUGCCCUCGAAGGCUUCCACCCAGGACCAGAAGAGUUGUCCACUCACACGCCGCAGAGACCGGGACGACACGAUGAGUCGCCCCAGUCUGUCGCCGGACCAUCCCUCCUGCUCCACUCGGGCCAACGAGGGCAUCUCCCAGCCUCUCUCAGCCAACGAGUCAUGGACCACCUCCAGGCCCGUGAUGGACGUGAGGGCGUCGAGGGUCGGCCGCAU